AUGGCCAUUCUUACCCUUAUCAUACUGUUCGUAGCAACUAUUUUCUCCAUUUUUUUCUUGCCUUUUAUCAAGAAGAAUAGCAGCCCGUGGAUUCUCGUACGUUCUCUUGUCAACUUCUAUCGCAUGCAUGAUAACCAAGCCGAAAUGCUUGAACAAAAUAAUGGCACGAUUUUAGUGAAACGUUCCUGGUUCGGAGGCAAAGAUAUAUUACUCACGAGUGAUCCUGCAAAUGUUCGCCACAUAAUGAGCACAAACUUUUCAAAUUAUCCAAAAGGGCCUGAAUGGAAGAAACAAUUUGAAUUUUUUGGUGAUUCAGUCUUCACUUUGGACUUUGAGGAAUGGAAGCACCACAGGAAGGUAAUCCGCUCAUAUAUCAGUCACCGAUCGUUCCAGCAAUUCGCUGGGAAGAUUGUUCGAGAUUGUAUAGAGAUAGAGCUAAGCUCGGUUCUUGAUCGCGUAUCUAAUCAACAAAUAGUUGUGGACUUUGAAGGUUUACUUAGGAGGUAUAUAUAUUAUUUUGCUUGCUGCAUUUCUACAGGCUACAAACCCAAGUUCAUUGACCUGGCAUUCUCAGAAGAUAAAUUUUUGAAGGCCACAGAUGACGCUUGUGAUGCAAUCACCGUCCGAUAUCUGGUGCCAGAAAGCAUUUGGAAGCUGCAAAGGUGGUUCGGACUGGGGAAGGAGAAGAGGCUAAGCGAAGCUAGGAAAACCAUUGAUAAGAUUAUCGACGAUUACAUAUCAAUGAAGCAAGAAGAAAUGAGCAAAGGAGAAAUCAGGAAUGAUGAGGAAGAUUUUAGUGCACUGAAAAGCUAUACAACUGGAAAUGAGAUAUUUGAACAAGCCGAUCAUAAAGUUAUCAAGGAUGGCACUAUGAGUUUAAUAUUUGCAAUUGAAGACACUACAAGUUCAUCUCUCUCCCGGUUCUUUUGGAUUUUUACGAAGAAUCCGAAGGUUGAAACCAAAAUUCGACAAGAGUUGGAGAAAAUCAGGCCAGUGACAGAAGCGCGGAAAAGCUCCUCAUUUUUCAGCGAAGAAGAGGUGAGUAAAAUGGUCUACCUACAAGCAGCUUUGUUGGAGACAUUGAGGUUGUUCCCACCAGCUUCCAUGGUGUCCAAAACUGCCGUUGAAGCAGACACUCUUCCAAGCGGACAUCAUAUCAGUCAGAAUACGAUGGUCGUUAUCUCUGCGUAUGCAAUGGGAAGGAUGCGCACGAUUUGGGGACAGGAUUGCCUUGAAUUCAAACCAGAGAGAUGGAUCAUGGAGGACGGAAGAAUUAGACAUGAGCCGCCACAUAAAUUCUCGGCAUUCGGUUCAGGGCCUCGGAUUUGUCCUGGGAAGGACUUAGGCCUCACGUUGUUGAAGACUUUCGCAGCGACAAUCAUUUACAAUUACCAUAUUCAGGUUGUAGAGGACCGCGUUGGAGCACCCAAGAAUAAUUUCAUGCUUCACUUGGAUCAUGGCUUGAUGGUCAGGCUUAACAAGAGAUGGACUUAG